AUGAGAGCAACCCAAUUUGUUUUGAACCAAGCUAAGAAGAAGUCUGGUAUUUCUGUGCCUGUUGAAUUGACCCCAUUAUUCAUUGCUAUGGGUGUUGCUUUGGCUUCUGGUUCGUGGUUUACUUACAAGAAGCUCUUCUACGAUGACUCUUUGAGAGUUGGUAGAAAGAACCCUGAACAAUCUGCUUUGCAACAAAUCCUAGAAGAAAAGACUGAAUAG